AUGGGCUACAUUUGGUUGAUCUACUUCUCCUCCAUGGCUGUGGCCUUUUACUAUGCCAUGACUUUGAUCUACAACGGCAACCAGGACCUUACGUCUGGCAAGGUCAUGUCCGCCUUUUUCUGUGUCCUCACCGCCGGCUUCAUGAUCGGCCACAUCGCGCCGGGCAUUGCCGGCGUCGCGGCGGCGCAGGUGUCCAUGGCCCGCUUUUUCUAUAUUGUGAAGCAUGACUCCGUGAUCCAGCGCAGACAGCAGGAUGAGCGCCAAGUCCUCAGCGAGAUCGAAACCUUUCAACUUCAAGACGUGCAUUUCGCCUACCCCGCGCGCCCGGACGUGCCCGUGUUGCGCGGCAUCACCUUGACCAUCCGCAAGGGCCAGAAAGUGGCCUUCGUGGGAGAAUCUGGCAGUGGGAAGAGCACCAUCAUGGCCCUACUGGAACGCUUCUAUGACCCGUUGGAGGGCGCGGUGCUGGUGAACGACGUGGAUUUGAGGAAGGUGAAAAUCAAGUCGUAUCGCAAGCAGAUCGGAUAUGUUGGUCAGGAACCGGUGCUCUUCGCCACCACGGUGCGUGCGAACAUCAUGCAAGGCUGCAGUGGCGCCACGGAGGAGGACUUGGAAGCGGCAGCGCACAGCGCCCAACUGGACUUUGUGCAGAAACUGCCGGACGGGAUGGACACCUAUGUCGGCUCCGGGGGGUCGCAAUUCUCGGGUGGCCAGAAGCAGCGGAUCGCCAUCGCCCGCUCGUUGCUGAAGAAGCCCUCCGUGCUUUUCCUGGAUGAAGCCACUAGUGCAUUGGAUCGCAGUUCCGAGAAGAUGAUCCAAGAAACCAUCGAUCAGCUGGGGAAGAGCAGCAAGCAUGGCAGCAUGACCAUUGUGACGAUCGCGCACCGCUUGAGUACUGUGGAAAACUCGGACGUGAUUUACGUCUUGGAAAAUGGGCAGGUGAAGGAGAGUGGCUCCCACAAAGACUUGGCCCAUCAGGGAGGGAUCUACCAAGCGCUGGCAGCCUCUCAGGGCGCCGUGUUGCGAAAGGCCUCCACCACUUCACUGGGACAGGUGGGGCGGCCUCCCCACUCAGUGUACAUCGCGAGCAUGCGCAGGAAGAAGACGAAGAUGCCCGUAACGCCCGCAUUGCCAAGACCUACAAGGUUCCCCUGUCGCGCUUGCUGGGCUUCUCAAAGAAGUACUGGUGUUUCUUCAUCCCGGGCUUCAUCGGUGCAUUGGCCAGUGGAGCUUGCUUCCCACUGUUGGGCGCCUACGUCUUGGUGGAUGCCAUCGUGGCGCUGA